GGCUUAGUCUGAUCAGUGACGCGGCGUUUAUACGUCUCUUUCGUGACGCGGCGUUUGUGCGUCUCUGUUGUGACACGUCAUCAGCUAGUGCCGCUCAACGUGUAGCUGUCAGUGAGAAGAAGUGAAGUUUUCUGUAAGUGUCAAUGGCCGCAGCUCCUGGUAUGGCGGCUUUCUGCCGGAAGGUGUGGGAGCCCGUUGUAGCGAAAGCCCGCAGAGCUGUUGUAUUCAUAGACCAGCCUUGCGCCGAGGUGCUACACUGGUGCGGCGGGGCGGAACUGCUGCUUGCGGCGGGGGCUUUGAACGUAAAGGAGUUCUCCAGUUUCGAGUCCGGAGACUCCAAGCAGCCCAAAGCUGUGUUCGUGGUGAGCUGUCCGCUGCGUGGCCGGGCCUUGGAAGUGAUUAAGGACGUGGUGAGCCAGAGUUCCUUCCAGUAUUGUGUAGUGGUGACAGCUGUGAGCCCGACGGAGGCUGCCGACGCCCGCACUCUGUGUGAGCAGAUGGAGGACAAGCUGUGCGAAUGGAUGGGGAACAUGAACUUUACAGCCGAGGUGAUGUGGGCUCCACUGAUGCUGGCCCCUCUGUCCCCUCAUCUCUUGUUGGCCCCGGCUUUCUCUUCUCUAUUCCCUCUCCUGCCAUCCCAAGACCUGCAGCUAUUAAACCGCAGCCGAGCCGACAAGAAGAGGUUCCCAGGACUUGGAGAUGUGGAUCUUCCCUCCAUGCCUCAGCAAUUGCAGCUGCACAUAAGGAACCUGGUGUCUGGCCUCAACCAGUUCCUGGAAGGCAUAGGUGUGCGGGAGGAGUGCUACUCGGUGGGACAUCUGAGUCGGAUCAUUGCAGGAGAGCUGGCCAAUUACCCCCUGGCUAAGAACCGCAGGAAAACUGCCCAAAGCAAAGCCUCCCUGGUCUUCAUAGACAGGACUAUGGAUUUGGCUGGAGCUGUUGGUCACCAUGGAGAUAACCUAGUGGAGAAGAUGAUAUCCCUGCUUCCACAUCUUCCUGGGCAUACGAAUGAUGUUAUGGUUAAUAUGGAGGAACUUACAGCUCUGCACAGCGACGGGGAACUGGAAGGAAUCCUGGCACCUGGAUGCCUGGCACAACCAAAUAACCCAGCAGCGCAAACUCUGUGGGAGGCUUUAUUGAACAUGAAGCAGAAAGAGGCUGUGAUGGAGGUCAGGAGACAUCUAGUGGAGGCAGCCAGCAAGGAAAAACUUCCCAUAAAGAUGAGUAUGGGCAGAGUGACACCUGAUCAACUCAAAUCAUACGUUCACCUCUUCAAAGAAAAUGCACAAGUACUGGAGAGUCACUGUGGUAUCCUACAGUUGGCAUUGGCCACAGCUCAGACCCUGAAACAUCCUCAGUGCUCAAAGUGGGACAAUUUUCUGGCAUUUGAACGGCUUGUUUUGCAGAGCACUGGAAAGACAGAGCUGCCAUCGGUCCUAAACCAGAUGUCCUCUUUGAUUAAAUCUCACAGCAACAGAACAGAUAAUGACUACAGCAUUGAAGAGAUUAUAGUUCUGCUGGUUUAUAGUUACUCUGUGACUGGGGAGAUCCACAUGAAUAAUGAACUGGAAAACAGAGAAGACCAACUGAAGAAAGCAAUUACUCAGUGCCUCUGUGAUGAGCCUGAGCUGAGCGCUUUAAUGCAGAAAAUAACAGGCUCAGCCAUGUCUCUUGUCGGCUACAUCACUAUUUUGAUUGGAACCAGCGAUUACUCUGAUGAAAUCCCUCGACAGCUUACAAUUCUGCAGCUGCAGAAAGCUGGAACCAUUUGCCUGCCUUUCUUAAAGAAAUCGGACUUUUUAUGUUUGUGUUGUAAUCCUAUAAUGUAAUUCAUCAGGUGUAUAGAGACCCAAUCUGAAGCUUUUAUUGCUAGCGUGACCCAUAUACAUGGAUUCAAUAAAGAAACCUCAUUAGCUCAAGUGGAAGAAGCAGUUUUAUUUGUAAUCUUUUUUUGUGUGUGUGUGUUGCUGACACAAUGAAAUGCAUAGAUAGGAUUUUCCUUAGGAGGCUUUUGAUACAGUAAGUGUGUAUGAGGUCACAAUUUGGUUGGAUUCUUCUGUGUGCCAUUGUGUGCAGAUACUAAAACCUAUUUUUGUGUACCACAGUGAAAACAAACAGGACCAGAAGUAAAGAUGUUGGUGCUCUGUGCAUUUGAGAAAGUUUGAGAAAUAUGCCAUUGUGGGAUGCCCAACCUGUGAUCCAGGAGCUCCCAGCAUCCACAAGUGUCUUUAGUUCUGUCUCUUUAAAAUAAGCACUUUCCUCCCAUCCCUGGUAGAAAAGAUAAAUUCUCCCUGCUCCUCUUCAUGAAAGAAUGGCCACCAUACAGCCAACCCCUUUACCCCCUCCAAUAUCUGUUUAAAAACUGCCCAGGCUUGACUUAGAAGUUCUCCACACUCCUAUUUACCAACCAAUUCCUGUAUCUACAGCUACAAUUUUUGAUAUAUUCAUGACCAUCAAGACCCUGCAACUGCUGGGGGUAGAUGUAUAGAUGCAGCAUGGUCAUCAUCCAUGACUUAUGCAUGAGUAUUAUGCAAAUAUGUUGUGCAAGGUACACAUGGGCAUAAUAUGAAGUCCCCAGGCCCUGUAACAAAAAAAAAAUAU